AUGGUUAAGAAAUUAUUAAAUGUUUGCAAGCGCGCAAUUAAAAAGUUAAAACCACGUAAACGUGAUCAAGAAAUAGCACAAGAACGAAAAGCAUCAUGGCCAUUAUGGAAGAAAGUACUACUGCGGAAACGAAGACGAAAACAGAAUGAAAAGGCCGGAACAGAUGAUACAAUUAUCCAAAACAAUGAUGAUAUUGAAGGAGAUCGUAUUCAGAAUAAAAUUAAAAAUCCAGUAUCAUCACCAUCACUUCCUACGGAAUGUUUGAUUGAAGUAUUUACUUAUAUACAAGGUGAUUUAAGGACUUUAAAUGCAUGUCUUUUGGUCUGUAAAGAAUGGUGUAAUAUUGUGGUUCCUCUAUAUUGGAGCAGACCAUUCCAUCAUAAGGUUUCCGCGGAUGUUGUAAAUACAUAUCUUCAAUGUCUUUCCAAACAUGAACAACAAAAUAUAAAAGCUUGUGGUAUUAAGUUAAAGCAAAAUAUGACACCACCUACAUUUCGAUAUGCAGAUCUACUACGAGAACUAAGCAUGUCAAAAUUGUAUUUCUCUGUAAAUGCCUGGUUAUAUAUAUUUCAAAAUCCUACUUUAAGUCAGGGAUUAUUAUCACUUUCUCUAGAUUGGUCACAUACCGGAAAAUGGAGAAAUUAUCCAAUGUUCACAUACCGAUACCAUACCAAGAAUUCAUCAAUCCUUUUAGAUCUUCAAUAUCUAUCAAUCAAUCAUGUAGAUAAACGCGAUAUAUUCACAGAAUCAUCUUGGUAUUGCAAAAAUUUAAAAACUCUUGAAUUAAUAGAUUAUACAUUCUUGGAUCUUUCAGAAACUCGACAUCAAUCAAUUUAUACAUUAAUCUCAUCUCAAACCAAUUUACAACGUUGUAAAUUUUUUGGGUAUGGAUCAAGUCCAAUACGACCUAUGGACGCAUUAAUGACACAAUCUAAAACACUUACUCAUUUUGAAUUAGUUUAUGCAAAAUUUUAUACUAAUAAUUCACAUGAUACGAAAAAUUCAGACCCAAAAAAUUCUAUAAAUGCAUUUCAAUCAUUAUCAAAUUGCACAAAUCUUGAGUCACUUGUCAUUAAUAGUUGUUUGUUUUCAAGUGAUAUAAUCUUACGACCGUUAACAACAGUAAAGUUCCCGAAAUUGAAAAGAUUACAUUUUAAAUCUUUAUUAUGCAAUGUUAGUACAAGUUUUAUCGCGAUGAUAAAAGCAAAUUCAACAUCCUUACAAGAUUUGUGGUAUAGUGACAAAGUUGCUAGGAAUUUAACACUUCCAAUUCUAGAUGCAGUAGUAAAUCAUCUAGAGAGCAUCACAACUUUAAAACGAUUAAUAAUUCCAUUCAAGAGUGAACAAACACCACAACUUUCCUUACUUUUAUCAGAGUGUAAAAAUUUAACAACUUUGAAAUUGAUUGGCCCUUAUGGGCAAGAACGUGAAUUUAAAGAAUAUUUACCAGAGUUAGCGGAGGGAUUACCAUUGUCGAUGAAACAUUUGAGUAUUGAUUUAAAUUGGGUAGUAUUGACAACUCUAGAAGAAUUCUUUGAAAACUGUAAAGCCGAUUUGGAUACAUUUUAUAUUGGAGGUUGGAAAAGACAGAUGCCGGACGUUCACAUUAAAUUGAUAGAACAAUAUUUAAAAAAGAAAAAGAAAGGGAUAGACAUUUUUAAGUUUUUGAGGGACGUUCAUGGAUAA